AGUGUGUCUGUGAAUCUCACGCACACAUUCCGAUGCUUUCCGCUGUGUCUGCACAGCGCUGCUCUCUCCCAUUUCCAUUUCCAUUACUGCCUCUGCCUGGGCCUGCUUUUCCACUCCCGAUUUCGGCAUUUCCCUUUGUUUCUUAGUCCUUCGCCUAAAAAAGCCUUUCUUUCAAGUUUCAACACUCGAUUCUGCUGCGUGCCUGCCUUAAUUCUUUGAUUUUGCCAAGGUGGAAAGUGGGAAGGAAAGGAGGAAGUAGGGAACUGGUUGCUUACAAUCUUCGGGAUUUGACAUCUAGGGUUUCUUAAUUGGGGGGUUUUUAGUUAUGAUUCUUAUUUUUAAUAGGAUCUAUGAACUUGUCUUGUUGGAAGGGAGUUGAUUUCUUGAAUAUUGGUUUAUUGUGAGACGCCAUUGUUGUGCAGGUUAUAUAUAUAUAUAUAAAUUAUACAGAGUAUUUGAUUUUACGUAUGAACAAGGGAUGGGAAUAAGUAAUUCAAAAGCUGAGAGGAGCACUGCUCUGAAACUGUGCAAGGAAAGGAAACGAUUUAUUAAGCAGGCCAUAGAUUCAAGAUAUGCUUUAGCGGCUGCACAUGUUUCAUAUGUCCAGUCUCUUAGAAACAUAGGCAUCGGCCUUAGGAGAUAUGCAGAGGCUGAAGUUUUGGUGGAGGCCUCUCAAUCGGCUUCGGCUACUGAACUCGACAAAACUCCAUCCCACUCUUCAUAUCCAUCUCCCUCGCCAUCUCACCUCGGCGCUGUUUCCGAUUCACCAAUGUUAAAUGGGAGCCCUCUUUCCCCAUCCACUGCUAGAGUUAGUUAUAUGAAAUCAGGUAGGACUAGUGCUUUGACAGUGAGAAUGAGUCCUAUGCCGAGGAAUUUGUAUGUGGAAGAAGGUGAAUUUUCGAUGCCUCCGCCUCCUCCUCCACCACCCGAGCCGGGAUCUUCUUGGGAUUACUUUGAUCCUGCUGAUGAGAGCUUUAGGUUUGUUGGCCAAAAUACAUCAGAUCAGAAUGUUGAUGAUGCAAAAAUGUAUGGGAAUUUUGGUAAGGCUGAGAUUGGUUUAAGCAAAACCAGUGGUCCUAGUGAAGGGUUUGUCACUCCCAAAUCAGAGUCUCCUUCAUAUGGACGUGAUAAAUUAGUUGGGAACAAUGUCAAUUCUUCUGAGAAAGAAAAGCUUGAAAAUGAGGCUCAAGAAAGAGUUGAGGAAGAAGUGACUGAUAUUACAUCUAAGAAGGGGGUGAAUGGAUCGACAGAGAAUAAGACAGGGAAGGCUUUGGCAGGACUAAGGAAAAAUGUAUCUUCUGCCGAGAAUGGUAUACAUGCUGAAAGGGAGGAUCCGUCUGAGUUCAUUACACACAGGGCAAAAGAUUUUCUUUCUAGCAUGAAAGACAUUGAUAAUCGCUUCUUUAGAGCAUCAGAGUCAGGGAAGGAAGUUUCAAGAAUGCUUGAGUCUUGCAAAAUCCAUGUAGGGUAUGCUGAGGCUAGAGGCGGGUCGCCAGCCUCGCUGUAUUUGUCCUCUUUCAGAGCAUCUUGUUGCCAACGUGCAAAGGCAAAUGUAUCUGAUGAUCAUCUUGUUACAAAGGUUAUCACUUGGAAAAGGACAUCAUCAUCAAGAUCUUCUUCAUCUAGAAACCCUCUCAAUGCAAGAGAGGAUAAUGAUGACAGUGGAAGUGACUUUAUUGAUGAGUUCUGUAUGAUAUCUGGAAGCCAUUCUUCUACGCUGGAGAGAUUGUACGCGUGGGAGAGGAAGUUGUACGAUGAAGUGAAGGCCAGUGAGUCUAUACAGAAGGAAUAUGAUCGUAAAUGCAACCAGCUUCGUCAUCAAUUUGCCAAGGACCUUAGCCCUCAAGUAAUUGACAAAACUCGGGCUUCUGUUAAAGAUCUACAUUCUCGAAUCCGAGUAGCUCUCCAUGCUGUUGAUUCCAUAUCCAAGCGAAUUGAGAAAAUGAGGGAUGAAGAACUCCUGCCUCAAAUCCUAGAACUCAUUCAGGGACUGACUCGGAUGUGGAAAGCGAUGCUCGAAUGCCACCACUCCCAGUACAUCACCAUCUCAUUGGCGUACCAUUCAAAGAGUAACACUAUCUUACCGCCCGGAGAAACACAGCGCCAGAUCAUCAACCAUCUCCAGGAUGAGGUGGAGUAUUUCGGGCUGAGUUUCACCGACUGGAUCAACAGCUACACCUCUUACGUCGAAGCUCUAAAUAGCUGGCUCCAGAACUGCAUCUUGCAGCCGCGGGAGCGACACAAGAACAAACGGGCAUUCUCUCCACGGCGCUACGUUGCGCCCCCAAUAUUUGUCCUCUGCCGGGAAUGGUCAUCCGGGAUAAAGUCACUGCCGUCUCAAGAAGUUAGCGACGCAAUCAAAGCUUUUCUGUCGGACUUGCGUCAUUCUGUGAGGAACCACCAAGCGGAAGAAACAAUCCGCAAGACGGAAACAAUGACAGCAACAAAGAUUGAUUCGGAGGAAAAUGACGAAAAUGUUGAAGAGGAGGGGAAGAAUGAGGAGGUGGAAUCGAAUGUGAGCUGCAUUCAGGGAAGCUUGACUAGGGUUCUUGACAGGCUGACAAAAUUCUCAGAGGCUUCUGUGAAAAUGUGUGAAGAGAUGAGGCAGAAAUGUGAUUUGGCCAGAAAUGCUUAUGAGAAUUACAGUGCCCCGGCACCAAGAGCCUUCAGCAUUUGAAGUUGAAGUUUUAUUGACUAUCGAAAUCUUGAAAUGAAAAUAAAUUGAACUUUGGAUGAA